AUGGGUACUACUGAGGACCCAUGGGUCGUCCCAAUAGACGCCACUGGCGCAAGCACAUCCACCACUGCAGAUACCAAAACACCCAGUAGCCUUAAAGCUCACAUCCGCGCUACUUUCCAUGAAAGUCCCUUCACUGCUGAUGUACUUUCGAAUCGAUCCGACGCGCUGAACCCAGACCCAUUAAUUCAGCUAUUUGCUAAUGAAGCUGAUGAAUCGCCUGCCAGACUCUAUAUCAGACAUUUGUUUUCAGUAUUCGAGGAUACUGUUGCACAACAAUACGAGGCUGAAGCAAACCUCGAAGCGGAGCAAACAAACAUUCAAAAUGAAUGCGUCGCUCGCGUAGCCGUUGAAGAAAACCUCGCCACAACCCAAGCUCAGCUUGUAAGAGUACAAACACAACUCAGGGAACAAAAUAACACGCCAGCUGCUGCAGCGCAGAAUCCGAAUAAUAGAAUUCCCCAGGCCCGCCAAACCACACACAAUCCCGAGCCUUUUAAAGGAGAAAAGACAAACGCAUUGAUACGACAAGAGGAAUACAUUUCCUGGAAAAUAGGCUUGCAACUCUGCUGGGGACAAGAUACUGCUUAUUUCGAUACCGAGAGAAAGAAGCUUUUUCACCUUGCUACAUUACUCGAGGGCUCUGUAAGACAAGAAAGACAAAAGGACAUACAGGCUAUCCUGAACAACACUUCGCCAUUUGUGACAGCCGAUGCCUUUUUGGGAAAGCUUGACGGACUCUAUAUCUAUGUUGAUAUGGAAAGAGAUGCCUCAAUCAAGUUUGACAAACUCAAGAUGACAGAAAAGCAGUCCUUUGCUUCCUUCUACUCUUCUUUAGAAAAGCUUGGUGAUAUGGCAGAAAAGUCCGAUCGGGAGAUGGUACUAGCCUUGAAACAAAAGGUUACUACUGGAUUAAAACAUAUGGUCAUAAUGGAUCACUUACCUUGUGCUGCCAACGAUAUUCAAGGUUGGAAGAACAGAUUUCAGGUCUGGGACCAGAAUAUGCGGGAAAACGCAUGUUACCUUGGAUCCAACUCAAUUGCACCUGCUUCGCUCUGUGUCACUGAAAAAAGUGCUACACCUGCUGUAAACAGAAACCCAAACUCCCGCGGAGGUUCUUUCAGUCACAACUAUAACAGCAGAGGAGGUGCUCAAACACCUGUUCGAGGAAAUUACAACGGCUGGGGACAAGGAAACACAGGAGAUCGUGGUCAUUUUUCGCCUUAUCAACAACAUCGUCUCUAUGCUACACAGGGAUAUGUCGAAGAAGGAGCUGUAGCCCCAUCAGAGAGCGCAUCCAACAUUUCUACAAGCCUCAUUGCCUGUCAAACCUGGGCUACGACGCUCCACUAG